AUGGCAGAUUUUGAUGCAAUAUAUCAGGAUGAAACAGAUCCCGAAGAGAAUAUAGAGGAGACGCAUGUGACAUUAGUGCCUGACCCCAUCGUUGUUCGCGGAGCUGGGAACAUGACAGUUUUUGGUCUAAGCAACCGAUUUAAUGGUGAAUUUCCAUCGGGGCUGCAGUCUCGUGUUGCUCCUGAAGAAUACCAAGCAACAGUUGCUCGUAUUAACAGUGUACUUAAAAAAACACUACCUGUUAAUGUCAAGUGGUUAUUCUGUGGUUGCAUGUGCUGUUGUUGUACACUUGGAUGCUCUCUAUGGCCUGUGAUUUGUCUUAGUAAAAGGACACAACACUCAUUGAACAAAUUGUUGGAAUGGGAAAAUAGCAGACUUUAUAAUAAAUUGGGUCUUCGCUGGCGACUCACUAAACAACACUGUGAUUCCUCAUCCAUGAUGGAGUAUGUUUUACUUAUAGAGUUUAUACCUAAAAUACCAAUAUACAGACCUGAUUAA